AUGCAGCUGGAGCAUUGUCUUUCUCCCUCUAUCAUGCUCUCCAAGAAAUUUCUCAAUGUGAGCAGCAGUUACCCACAUGCAGGCGGAUCUGAGCUUGCCUUGCAUGAUCAUCCCAUUAUCUCGACCACUGACAACCUGGAGAGAAGUUCACCUUUGAAAAAAAUUACCAGGGGGAUGACGAAUCAGUCAGAUACAGACAAUUUUCCUGACUCCAAGGACACACCAGGGGACGUCCAGAGAAAUAAACUCUCUCCCGUCUUGGACGGGGUCUCUGAGCUUCGUCACAGUUUCGAUGGAUCUGCUGCAGAUCGUUAUCUGCUCUCUCAGUCCAGCCAGCCCCAGUCUGCUGCCUCUGCUCCUAGUACCAUGUUCCCUUACCCCAGCCAGCAUGGACCUGCUCACCCAGCCUUCUCCAUCGCCAGCCCCAGCCGCUACAUGGCUCACCAUCCUGUGAUCACCAACGGAGCUUACAACAGCCUCCUCUCCAACUCUUCUCCGCAAGGCUACCCCACGGCGGGCUACCCUUACCCCCAGCAGUAUGGCCAUUCCUACCAAGGGGCACCUUUCUACCAGUUCUCCUCCACCCAGCCGGGGCUAGUUCCCGGCAAGGCUCAGGUCUACCUGUGCAACAGGCCACUCUGGCUGAAAUUCCACCGGCACCAGACGGAGAUGAUAAUCACGAAGCAGGGCAGGCGCAUGUUCCCUUUCCUCAGUUUUAAUAUUUCUGGUCUCGACCCCACGGCUCACUACAAUAUUUUUGUGGAUGUAAUUUUGGCGGAUCCCAACCACUGGAGAUUUCAGGGAGGCAAAUGGGUUCCUUGCGGCAAGGCGGACACCAAUGUACAAGGAAACCGGGUGUACAUGCACCCCGACUCCCCCAACACGGGAGCCCACUGGAUGCGCCAGGAAAUCUCCUUUGGGAAACUAAAACUCACAAACAAUAAAGGAGCAUCAAACAACAACGGGCAGCUAGCUGACGCAAAGCCAAAUACCUGUAUAAAUUCCCUGUCCAAAUCUAGGCAUGACGCCACGCAAACUCUGCGCUGCUUCAGGGACCCAUGUGGUUUGGAUGCAGGUUUGGAUGGGCAUGUGUUUGGGGGAGAUGUGCUGGGAAGUGAUGAAUACGAGGACUUCUCGGGCUUGACUGUUGUUUUGGUAGGCAGCAUCACGCUUGUGUCCUUAAUGGUAUUGUGGGGGCUUAACUACCCUUAUGCUCACUUGGCUAGCCAAAUUCAGGCUUUGACAAUCGUUUGUGUAGCUUGUUGGGGUUUUGGUACAGCUGAAGGUAAAAGGGUGGUUUUAGUGGAGAAUGGGUCAGAUCUCGAUUUCGAAGGCGGAGGGUCGGGGCCCGGCAGGACCGAGCAGAGGAUGGCUGCUCUUGCGUGCUCCUCUGACGCUGACCAGAUCAAGACGAAUUUCGGUCCAAGACUGCACUGA